CCUGUACAUCAGAGUAGCUCUUUGAAAAUUCAAAUUCCAUCGGAAGCGAGUAGCUGCUAACACACGGCACAAUGUCAGGACGAGGAAAGGGAGGUAAGGGAUUGGGCAAGGGUGGCGCAAAGCGUCACCGUAAAGUUCUGAGGGAUAACAUCCAGGGUAUUACGAAGCCGGCGAUUCGGCGGUUGGCGCGCCGAGGUGGAGUGAAGCGCAUUAGUGGUCUCAUAUACGAAGAGACGCGCGGCGUUCUCAAGAUCUUCCUCGAGAAUGUCAUUCGUGAUGCCGUUACCUACACCGAACACGCUCGCCGCAAAACUGUCACAGCGAUGGAUGUUGUCUAUGCUCUGAAGAGGCAAGGCCGAACGCUCUAUGGCUUCGGUGGUUAGGGUUCAGAUUGUUAGGGUUUUACUAUUUCCAGAUCUGAGAUUUCUCUAAAAUCUCGAUAUCAUUGUAAUGUAAACUAAUAUUGUGAUUUUGAAUUUUUAUUCGGAUAAAAUUUCUAUUAUUAUUAUUGCGAUUA